AUGUUAUUCUCCCCACGGCAUCCGCCCGGUGUGGAUAUUCUCCGCGCCAGCCCGAGUUGGGAGGGCCAGUUGGGUUACCAGAAAUGGAAGGAGGCGGGGGUGGAGGGGAGUAAUCGAGGGGUGGGAAUAUUGGUGGAGGAAAAACAUUCAAUAAACUGGAAGAAACGCUGUCGCCCUUUCGAGAAACUCGGAUCCUCGCAGGGGAAGUUCUUCCAUCUCCGCACCUACCGGAAUUUCUCCCCUCCUUCUCCUGCGGUGGAUCGCCACCGUGGCCCGCAGGAAGGGUAGCAGGAGGUUGGGCGUGCUUCUGGCCCCAUGGAGGCGGAACCGGCCUCGGAGCGCCCAGAGGGAUGGGGAGACGGGUGAGUUCAUGCUAGUACUCGGGAUAGAGGAGGUGGGGAAGAUGUUCUGCUUUCUAUUCUGUAUCCUUGAUAUGCCCCUUCCGAGCUGAAAGUCUUCAUAUGGACAGAGGCCAGUGCUCGAGAAGUGAUUCCUUUCUUGAUCUGGAUGCCGAAGCGUCGUCGGCUCACUGGAUGUUCGAUCGACGUGAUGGCGAGAGGACCCGGGUAUUUAGAUUCCUCUCACCGGAAUAUAAUGAUUUAUUUUUUUUGUGUGUGUGCUAUCUGGAGUCGUUUGACCUGGGUUUGGAAAAUAAUUAAGCAGAAUUGGCUUAAUGAUUUUUUUUCUUUCUCUGUGGUUUAUUCCAAUGUGUUCGUGUUUGAAACAUAGCUAGCCAAAUAGAGUACGGUCGGGCACGCGCAGAUCACAUGCAGUCCUGAAUAACUUGAACACCGAUCGAGUCAAGAAUAUGGUGAAAAUAAAGGAGAUAACAAUCGAACAAUUAGAAUCGUCAUUUUUCUUCCCCAUGUGAGAUGAUUAUGAUCAGAUACUAUUUGAACUUUUGAUCGUGAAAUAUCAUAAUUUAUUGAAUUCAUCAAUUUUAUUUUUAUUUAAAUUUAGUGAGUAGGAGCAUUUAAUGAGAAGUAUUUUUCUUUAUUGUACCAUGUGAUUGUUAAACGAGUGGGAUCAAAGAAAUGGACAAUUUUCUAUAGUUUUCUUAUGUGCAGAAUACUGAAGUCUUGUAUGCAAACGCACGUGUGUAAUACAAACAUAAUAUCUAUUAAACUAGAUGAGUGAUAUGUAUGUGAGCGCUGAGGUAUGCACGUUUUAUGCAUACAUUCAUGCAUGGAUCAUUCAUACAAACGUACGUAUGUACAUAUGCUCGUGUAAAUGUUAAACCUCCCUGGUAUAUCUAAUGCUUGAGAAAAAGUAGGCGGGAAGUGGGGGGGAGGAAGCCUCAUAGUUUCGGUCUGCAAAGGUGGCGCGAGUGUACUUUUCUAUUUCUUAUAUAUGCAUGUGUACCAUUCCAGGGAAAAUUAUACUCUGACAUGAAUGAUACAUUAUUGGCAGGCUGGGUAAGUUCACUGUUGACCCUCUCAAGAUUUUCUGCAGUUUAACCUGAACUCCUGAUUACUCUUGAGCUCGUCCAAAGUCAGCAAUAAAAAAAUCUUCACCACUCAACUCAUGAAAGAAAAAAAUAGUCUACUUGAAAAGAGAAACUUUUUUCAAAAUUUUCUGGUUCACUGAAUCCAAUGUUGAUGCAACGUGGGAACCUUGCUAUGUAAUGUAGAUGUGUUUUUUUCUCUCUAUAUUAAUGAGGAAUCCGUGCCUUCUCUUCCAACAUAUUUCAGGUUAGGUGUCCAGUGAGUGCUACAUGCAUAACCUGGAAUUCACGUAAUAAGAUUUUUUUUAUAUAAUUUAAGCUCGUAAUGUCUAGCUUGUUACGUUCAGAAGCAAUGUGGCAGCUGACUGAAGAUCUGUUGUGAAUUAACUUCAUUUGUUUAUUUACCUGCACAAAUUCAGGUUUCAUAUAAUGAUGCAAUUGGAAUCAAAGAAGAUGACGAUCAUAGUCUACUGAUAUUUGGCCAAAGUACCAUGAACGGCAAGCUCAAACAAGUGAUCGUUGAAGAUCAAAAUCGGAACAAUCCAAUAGAGGCAAGAAAACACGUUGAAAGUUUUCUUGAAAAAUUUGUCUGUAUGCGCCUUUCCAGUCAAUUAAUGUCUUUUUUUUUUGUCUCCUUUCCAGGGUGUAGUGGGUAGUUAUCCUGUUGAUUGUAGUGCAUAUCAUGCAUCAGAAGAAGGAAAACAUUUGGAAACACUACUGAGCACUACAGAUAUUUGGAAUAGACCGAAUAAUGUAAUCGAGAUCAAGGAUGAUAAUGCUGAUGAUGAUCAGAAUUUUCUCGUAUUUCGUCAAAGUACCAUCAGUGGCAAGCCCAACCAAGUUGUCGUUGAAGAUCAAAAUUGGAGGAAUUCAAGAGAGGCAAGGAAAAGACAUUGAAAUAUAUUUCUUGAGAUUUUCCUUGUAUGCAUCUUUCCAAUCAAUCUCUUUGCUUGCUUAUCUCUCUUUUGCAGGGUAUGGGGGACAAUUAUCUUGUCGGCAGUAGUGAAUAUCAUGCAUCAGAAGCUGGAAAACCUUUGGAAACUCUACCGAGCACUGCGUAUGCUAAUGUUUGGAGUCAACAGAAUGAUGAUAAAGCUAAUGAUGACCAGAAUCUUCUGGUAUUUGGCCAAAAUACCAUAAAUAGCAAGCUCAAACAAGUCAUCGUUGAAGAUCGAAAUUGGGAGAGGUAUUUUGUGGGCUCUAGUUCAUUUCGUGCACCUGAAGCUGACAAACCUUUGGAAACUCUACCGAGCACUGCGUAUGCUGAUGCUUGGAGUCAGCAGAAUGAUGUAAAUGGAAUCGAGGUUAAUGCUGAUGAUGCUCAGAAUCUUCUGGAAUUUGGCCAAGGUGCCGUAAAUGGCAAGCUCAAACAGGUUGUCGUUGAAGGUCAAAAUUGGGAGAGAUAUUUUGUGGGCUCUAGUUCAUUUAAUCCAUCUGAAGCUGACAAACCUUUGGAAAAUCUAAAUAGCACUGAAGAAAAUGGCACCUUUAUUAAUGGUGACCUUUGGGAUGAUGAUGACUAUGAAGACGAAGAUGAUAAUUAUGAUGAUUAUGCUUAUGAAAAUGAUGCAUUUGAUAGUCAUUUCAAUUACGACCAGGCUGAGAAAUUCGACCACUUAGAUUUUCCUCCUGGUGUGGAGGCCACAUUCCCAUGGUGGCAAAAGCUGACGUCCGACAAGGGAAGUAUCUGCAACAAGUCAAUAGAGGUGGAUAAAAUUGAUGCUAAAUUUAAAGAAUUUAAACAGUUCGACAGUGUCCAGGAUUACUCAGACCAUCACUUUUUUAAACUGGAAUCUGAAGCAGCAGCAACCUGUGUUGCAAAAGAGGUGACUAGAUUAUUGAUUACAUCACCAUUUUCUUCUAUGUUCUGUUGAAUUGCCCUGUUGCUGAUUGCUUGGCAUGUUUAUCACAGCCACCAAAGUGUUGGAUGAAGAGGAUUCAGUACGAGUGGAAGCUCCUACAGAAAGAUUUGCCAGGUGAAAAAUAAAUAAAUAAAUAAUAAAAUAAAAUUCACCCAAUGGAUUCUAGAUUGCCUUUAGAGCCUCUUAUUCUCCUCUCUUUAUUUUAUUACCCUCUCAGAGAGUACUACUAUGUUAUUCUUUUUCGUCUCUUUAUUUAUUAGUUAUUAUUUAUUUUCUCGCACAUUCGCAGAGACAAUAUUCAUCAGAGUGUACGAGGCGAGGAUGGACCUUCUUAGAGCUCUCAUCAUUGGACCAUCUGGAACUCCCUACCACGAUGGCCUCUUCUUCUUCGACUGUUUUUUCCCUUCCACGUACCCCGACUCACCACCCGUAUGUUCUUUCUCCUUCUCUACUCAAAAUAUAUUUACUUCAUUUAAAUGGUUAUUUUCUCGCCGUGAUUCUGCAGGUGGUGCGUUAUCAUUCCGGUGGUCUCCGCUUGAAUCCCAACCUGUACGCCUCAGGGAAGGUCUGUCUCAGUCUUCUGGGCACUUGGAGCGGCGAAGGAUGUGAGAAAUGGAACCCCAAAACGUCAACCAUGCUGCAGGUCCUCGUAUCGAUCCAAGCUCUGGUCUUGAAUGCGAACCCAUAUUUCAACGAGCCAGGGUAUGAACUCUCGAAGAGCACUAGAGUUGGGGACAUGAAGUCGUCUGCUUACAAUGAGGACACAUUCUUGUUGUCCUGCAAGACAAUGCUGUAUUCCCUGCGAACACCCCCAAAGGUGAGGUCUCUGAGUCAACCAUUAUUUCUCAAUAUUACCCACACAAAAAAAAAAAGAAGAAGAAAUCCCUCAUGCAAAAAUUGCUCCAGAUCUAGUGCGUAUUCAGAAAGAAAUGAUGAUGAUUAAUGGUGAUAUGAUGUAUAUAGAUUUAUUUAUUUAUUUAUUUAUGGGGCUAUAACCCUAAUUGAUUUUUUCGAUGGGUCCUGUGAUUUUUUCAUUUUUUUAAAAAAUGAAGUCUGGCUGGGUUUUAUGCUAUCUAUUGGGCAGUGGCAUUCAUAUGAAUCUGAUUUCGGCGCUGGUUGACCCCUGCUGAGUGUCUCUUCUGCUUCUUCUUCUUCUCCCUGCAGAAUUUUGAAGAUUUUGUUGCGGGGCAUUUCCGCAAGCAUGGCCGUGGUAUAUUAGUUGCCUGCAGAGCAUACAUGAAUGGGGCCAAGGUGGGGAGCGUGGAAGGGGACGACACUGCGCCGGAUUUGGACGAGGGCGGGGGGAGCUGGCCUACGCAAUUCAAGUCACUCCUGAAGACGCUCUUCGAGGAGCUUCUGAUGGAGUUCACGGUGAAAGGAGCCGACUGCAGCAUAUUCCUUGCCCAGAAGCUCAGAGCUGGACUUGAAAAGUCAGCUGGCGAAGUGGAUACCACCCUCAAGCUGUGA